AUGAAAAUCCAGAUAUGCAACAAAAGACUAGAAGAACUUAUAAAAUUAGCCGAAUUUCACGGAGCAUUCAUGGUUUCACUAUGUGCUCUCAAUUUCUUAUUUUGUAUCGUGGCGAUUUUUGGAAAUGUACUUGUUAUUACUGCUUUGUGGAAAGCUUCCUCGGUACCUGAGAGUUUAAAAAGAUUGUUUUUAAGUCUUGCUGUAUCGGAUCUUGCCGUGGGACUGUCUGUUCAACCAAUGCAUGGCGCGAUCAUUGCUGUGAUACUAAACAACGUGGAAAGCCGAAGCUACAACUUUCAGGCUUCCCUUUGUCCGACGAUAGUCACCAUCUAUUUAUCAUUCGCCUAUUUAUUCUCAGUAGCAUCGUUUUUAUCCAUUGUUUUUGCUACUGUGGACCGUCUUCUCGCGUUAUCCUUUCAUCUGAGAUAUCAUGAAUUUGUAACAUGCAAACGCGUCGAGGCUGUCAUUGGAAUUAUGUGGUUAACAAGUUUCCUAGUCACACUGGUCUAUAUUGCGCUUCCGAAUUACAACGAUAUAGUGGCCGUUGUGCUUGAACUGCUGGGGAUUUCGGUAACGACUGCAGCUUAUUUUAAGAUCUACAGAAUAGCACGAUAUCAUCAAAAUAAAAUACAUUGCCAAAGACAAGUUGCGAUUGAUGUGGAGACGCUAAACACUGCUCGAGUUAAGCGAUCAGCGUAUAACGCAUUUUUCGUGUAUGCAGUAUUUCUUGUUUGCUAUUUACCAAAUGUGUUUUGCGGGAUUUUAUUGAAUGUUUUUACGUCUAGUAUAGCAUUUAUUAUCGCUUUUUACAUCACGAUAUUUUUAAUCUAUCUCAAUUCUUCCGUAAACAUUCUCGUUUAUUGCUGGAGAUUUCGAGAAAUCCGUCUUAUUGUGAAAACAACUUUCUGCAAGAUGAUUUGUCAGUUAAGUGAACAGGAA